AUGGGGAAAACAAGCAAAGAUAAACGAGACUUGUAUUACCGACGAGCGAAAGAAGAUGGCUACAGAGCAAGAUCUGCUUACAAACUACUCCAGUUAGACCAACAAUUCCACCUACUAAAUAACAUCACUCGAGUCGUUGAUCUUUGUGCAGCACCAGGGUCUUGGUCUCAAGUGCUUAGUCAUAAGCUAGGAUCUAAUCCAGAUGCGAGGAUUGUUGCUGUUGAUUUACAACCAAUGACUCCAAUAGACCAUGUGACUACUUUACAGGCGGAUAUAACCCACCCAAAAACAUUGCAACAAAUCAUGGACUGUUUCAAUGAUGAUGACGGUGGUAACGGUGAUGACGAGGGGUUGGCUGAUUUUGUAUGCAGUGAUGGUGCUCCAGAUGUUACAGGAAUGCAUGAUUUGGAUGAAUAUGUGCAACACCAACUUGUAUGGGCAGCGUUUCAACUAACUACAUGUAUCCUAAAACCAGGUGGAUCCUUUGUUGCCAAGAUAUUCCGUGGUAAGGAUAUUGAUUUGAUGUAUAAGCAAUUGCUGAAAUUUUUCACAAAGGUGUAUUGUGCCAAACCUCGUAGUUCGAGGGGUACCAGUUUGGAGGCGUUUAUUGUAUGUCUAGGAUACAAACCUAUACCGAACUGGACACCCAAAUUGGAUGUAAACCAACUGACGGAUGAGUUUUUCGAAGGCGCUGGAAUAAAGCAUAACGACGAUGUGUUUGACAAUAAAGAGGACGACGAGAGGUUGGUUGUGGAGUUUGUGGCAUGUGGCGACGUCAAUGAUAUUGAUUCAGAUGCCACCUACUCAUUGGAUCUGGAUUUUGUAACUUUAGAUCCUGUUCAAAGACCAACUGCACCGCCAUACAAAAAGGCACUCGAAAUGAAACGAGAUGGUAAGUUAACGAGGAGGUAA